AAGGCUCGAGCUCGAGAUCCCCACAAACACGAACCUUGCACCUGCAGCGUCACCACCCCCCGGCAUCAGUCACUGAAACUACAUCAGCAGCAGCAACAGCUUCCUUCCCUCCUCACAUUCAGUUGAGCUCGACAGCAAGAAUUUAAACCCAAGCUGCCUUGCCUUGAUCCCCCCUCCUGGCCCUGGCUCCUCUUCCCCACUUGUUCAGGGAAGCGCCUAACCCACUCUCCACCAGUGCUUCUUCCGGCGCAGCCGGCCACUGAAGUAGUCAGUCCAUGGCGGCCGAGGAGGACAGGCCUGCCGCGGGGUACCGGCACGGCCCUCCCUGGGUGUUCAAGGGCAGCGCAUUGUACCAGCUGCAUUUGGUGAAGGCGGCGACGGCGCGGGCGUUCGUGCCCAGGGAGCUGCGCCUGGUGGAGGCCUUCGGCUACACGCUCGGCGGCAUGUUCCUCGCGCGCUACCACGACAGCCCCGCCGGCCGCUUCGACGAGCUCGUGGUGAUCGCCGGCAUUGUGUGGAACCCGCCGACAUCUUGCGCGUGGGCUGCCAGGGUGCUAGUAAACAGCGCCGAGGCUUGCCGGCACGGACGCAAGGAAGUUGGGCUUCCGAGCCAUGUUGCUACAUUCUCAAAGACUGAAGCUUCUGCGAUCAGAAAUAAACCGUUGGUAAAGCCAAACAGCUUCCUGAACUUGCUUGGAAUGGGUUCAACCUUCUCCAACCAAGAGAAUUGCCGUGGGAUCGAGAUCUCGGAGACCACAGGCUCAUCUACAAGGCAUUUGUGCAACAUCAGUAUGCCAAUUAUCGGAUCACACAAACACAACAAAUGGAUGGGUCCGGCGAUCAGAAUGUCACUCCCAAGCUUCAGCGGCCAGACAGAGGACCAUCCUGAUCUUCUCAAGUAUUCCUGCAAAGUAGAGUGCAGGGUGCGCCCUGUAAGUGCUGCUAAGAUCUGGAGUCCAAGAACUGCAGAACCACAAAAGUGCUCUGAUGGCGAGAUCAGCAACACAGGAUCGGAUGCACUAGCCGAAUCGGAUGCUCAGAAGCAAAGUGUUCUGGUCUUGUUAUCUAGGCCCAUCUUGGCUCUGGAGUUCAGCUCUCUGCGGAUGCACGUCGAUGCUCCAAAAAUUGUUACUCCAUACCCCAAGAAGAAGGAAGUCAGAUACUCUAGCACCUCAACCUGAUGUGAGAUAUGCACCAUGGUUAAAAAAACGGGAGUUUUGACCACAUUUGACCCGGUUGCCACAUGAGCUCAUGUGUAGUUUCUAGCUAUUUUUUGCCAUCAUCGUGUUCAUGUGUAGUUAAUAGUUAUUUUUGCCACAAUCAAGUUCAUGUGCAGUUUCUAGUUAUUUUUUUGUCAUCGUCUGUUCUUUCGUUUGUUUGUUAAGGGUGCAAGGAUAACCACUAUUGGGUAUGUGCAACCUACUUUCUGAAUUCAAAGUUGGAUAUAGUUUGGUUCCUACA